GCGGAGCGGGGCCUGUGGGGCCCGGAGCGGCGGGGCCGGCGGACCCUCAAGCCCCAGCACCUCUUCUCUCCGGUUUGGGAGUGUCCCCCCACCUGUGACACCCCCCCAAGAUGAAAACCUGGAUCAGCAAUUCGGACCAAAACCUGGAAGUUUCCAUCCCGUUCCUGGGAAAAUACCACCGACCAGUUUCGGGGCGCUGCUGCCAGAGCUGCACCCCCAGGAGCUGGGAUGGAUUCUAUGCCGAGGAUCUCUCUGCUCUUGGAUUCCGUGACGUCAGCCGUGUGACGGAGAGGGACACACGGUUCCGGGGGUGGCUGGUCCGGAGGGUCUGUGGAUUCCUGGCCGCCUGGGAAUGGGAAAUUCCAUCAGAGACCCCCAGGGAGCUCCCAGGGAAGAUCUGCAGCAGCAGGAGGGUGCAGGAUGUUGCCACCAGCCGGGCCCAUGGAUGCGGAGGGGAUGAGGGAUCCCGGGGGCACUGGAAGGAGGAGAUCUGUGGGAUCCUGGGGGAAAUCCAGGCACCGCUGUCCCCUCUCCUGCUGAGGCUGUGCCACUGGAUGCUGCCCAAGCUGCUGAGCCGUCUGUUCCUGGGCGUGCAGCUGCAGCGGGGGCAGCUGGAGAUGGUGCUGCGGGCUGCCAGGACGCCCGAGGUGCCGCUGGUGUUCCUGUGCAGCCAGCAAUCCCAGCUGGAUGGGCCGCUCCUGUCCUUCCUCCUCCUCUCGCAGGGCAUCGGGGCCCCCAGGGUGACGGUGGGUGCCCGGAUCAGCCCUGGCCUCCGCUCCCUGCUGCAACGCCUGGGAGGGAUUUUCCUGCCUUUGGGCCUGGCGCAGCCAGGGAGUGAGCGGGAUGAGGGGCUGCCGGGCGCUGUCCUGGAUGCGUACGUGCAGGAGGUGCUGCGGAGCCGCCAGCCCCUCAUCAUCUUCCUGGAGGAGCCCCCGGGUUCGCUGCGGCUCUGGGAUCCCGCCCGGCGCUGGCUGCUCCGGGUGCUGCGGGCGCUGCGGGACGGAGCCGUGCCCGACGUGCGCGUCAUCCCGGUGGGAAUCGCCUAC